CUGAUAGAUGGCACUGACUGGCAUCACUGCUGGGCACUGACUGGCGGCACUGACUGGCACAACUGCUGGGCACUGACUGGUGGCACUGACUGGCAGCACUGCUGGGCUGCACUGGUGGGUGGCACUGGUGGGCAGCACUGGUGGGUGGGCACAGGUGGGUGCACUGCUGGGCACAGGUGGGCGGAACUUGUGGGUGGCACUGCUGGGCACCGAUCAUCAGGGCACUGAUCAUCAGUGGCCCUGAUGAUCGGUGCCGAUCCUCGCUCUGACAACUGCCCUCGGCAGUACUUUCCUCACGAUCUGACAGCGUGAGGAAAGUGCAGCCGAGAACCGGUACUUGCAU